AUGGUGCAGCAGCAGCAGCAGCCGCAGCCGCAGCCGCAGCAGCAGCAGCAGCAGCAGCCUCGGGCGGGCCGCAGCAGCAUUACCAAAAGACAGCAGCAGCAGCCCGCGAGGCUUUCGGCUCCCGCUGCGUGGGUCUUAGCGAAGGCAGCAGCAGCAGCAGCAGCAGCUGCUGCAGCAACUGAACAGCAACAGCAGCAGCAGCAGCAGCAGAGCUGUUUCCUGGGCAAAAUGGAGGCAGAAGAGGAGCUGCAGUACGAGGGAGAGUUCGCCCCACACCAGGACCCCCCGGAGGCCCAGGGGCCCCCUCCCGCUGCAGCUGCUGCUGAAGAAAUGGAGGACAGAAGCGGCGAGGGUCUUUCAGGGGGGCCCCCGGAGGGGCCCCCCGGGGGGCCCCCCUCCAGGGAGCCUUCGGGGGGCCCCUCGGGGGCCCCCUCCGGGGGCCCCUCGGGGGCCCCCUCCAGGGGCCCCUCCAGGGGCCCCUCCAGGGGCCCCUCCAGGGGCCCCUCUAGGGGCCCCUCUAGGGGCCCCUCCAGGGGCCCCUCUAGGGGCCCCUCUAGGGGCCCCUCGCUGCAGCGGGACUGUGAAGGAGAAAGAGAGCAGCGCAGCGGCAGCGCGGGGAGCGGCGGGGAGGGUUUUGACGGGACUGAGAAGGAGCAGCAGCAGCAGCAGCAGCAGCAGCAGCAGCAGCAGCAGCAGCAGCGGAAGGAGCAGCAGGGGGCGCACGAGGAGGAGCAGCAGCAAAGCGGCCGCGGCAGAGAGAGAGGCGACGGGGGCCCUGGAGGCCGCAGAACUGAACACCGCGUGCUGAUCAGCAACCUGGACGCCAGCGUGCAGUGGCAAGACUUGAAGGACUUCGGUCGAAAAGCUGGAGAAGUGAAUUUUGCAAAUGUGACCUUUGCGGGGGGGCGGAAGUACGGGGUCCUCGAGUACUGCGAAGAGGAAGCAAUGGAGACAGCCUUGAGAGAACUUAAUGGAUUGCGGCUGAGGUCUUCAGUAGUUUCUUUAAAAAGAGAUCGCGGGGACUUCGAGGCUUUGUCUUCAACAGCAACUCAGCGUUGGGGGCCCCAAGACGGGGCUUUCGGGGGUUUGGGGGCCCCUCCAGGACUCUCCCCCUGA